AUUGACCAUCCUCUUCCUUCAAAGAUGGGGUUCGCGUGUCCCGGGAAAUAUGGUGACGCGGUAAUAGUGCCCCGCGAUUCUGUGGAUUUGGUCGCUGCUCUUUGGGAGAUUUUGUAAACGGGAAAUCGGGCCAGCUUAUGGAAACUGUCCAUCAAUCAGGAGAUAGUGAGGGUUCUGGGUCGGGCAUAAAUAAACGGCAAUCUUCUCUUAAUAAUUGGAGGGCCAAAAAACAGCGGUUAGCUCAGUCUGCUUCGUCAAUUUCCAGUACGGAUGCAGCAGUUCGACGGAACUUGAGCUCUGACGCUCAGUCAAGUAUCGUUCAGCCAGGAUUGGUGACUACCAGUACUGCCCUUGAAGGCCAACAACAGUCAGAUUGUACUUUUUUGAGUGUGUGUUACUGUGGUUGUCUGCAGGUCCGUCUACAAGUCGGGCACUUUCUACAAGGGCUACCUCUUCCCCCUCCACCCGUCUCUCCAUGGUCCUCAGGCUCCAACUGUGACUUCACCUCCGGACACCCGAGCUCCGCCGACGACUGUCUCGACCUCAAGCUCCUCACUGGCUACCCCACAUCCAAGCCACUGUCGACGUUUCAAGUACUUCUAUGUCUCCAACCUCUUACACAAAGAGAAGAUUUGCCAAGGUAUGGCGCGAGGGAAGUGAUCCGC